AUGUCUCUCAUCGGCCAGGUCUUCAACAAAGUUCUCAACAAAAAUAUCCCGGUCUAUAUCGCUACUUCAGGGAAUGGCUUCAUUCGCUGGACCAGCGUCAUAGACCAAGCUGUGAAAGACGUGGCUCUUGCUACGGUCAAGGCGCCCUUUGAAAGCGGCAAACUAUUUAAUGAUGAUGACAUGAGGCAAAUGGAGCAACUCACAAUAACCAACAUGUCCCACAGUAGCCUUGGUGAUCCCAACGCUCACUAUUCCGUUCAGGGAGAGACUAGCGCUGGUAGUAAGGUCAAAGGAAAUCACGCUCAGGAGGAUGAGUCCAAGCAGACCCGAGCGAAUUAA